AUGCUCUCUCGUCGGGCCCGAGAACAAAUUCCCCCGUCGGCGCUCAAUGUGAUGUGGGAAGUGAUGAAAGACCCUUGGGAUGCGUACGAUAACCCCAAUGGAUACGUGAAUGUGGGCGUAGCCGAGAAUCACUUGAUGCAAGCCGAGCUGGAGGACUAUCUCUCCCAGCACAUUAACAUGCGUGGCUCCGUGUUGACCUACCAGGAUGGCCCCAUGGGCAGUCCCCGAUUGCGAAGCGCGUUGGCGCGCUUUCUCGACCGGCAGCUUCACCCGCAUCAUCCCUUGGAUGCCUCCCAAAUCAUUGUCACCAACGGCGUGUCCAAUGCCCUCGAGCACACCUCGUGGGCGUUUGCCAACCCUGGAGACGCCUUCAUUCUUGGCCGGCCGUACUAUGGAGCAGUCAACCUGGCGCUCCGGCCGCAGGUGCUUACCCUGCCCGUCACCUUUGGCGAAGUCGAUCCGUUGAGCUUGGAGGCCAUCCGGUGCUAUGAGGAAACCAUUCUCGCCGCCAGGGAACAAGGCACGGCUGUCAAGGGAUUGCUGCUGUGCUCACCACAUAAUCCGCUGGGCCAGUGCUACUCGCCUGAAGUCCUUGAGGCUUUCCUGAAGUUGUGCAACAAGUACCAAGUUCAUCUCGUCUGCGACGAAAUCUACGCCCUGUCCGUCUGGAGCGACCCCCCUUUCACCUCGGUCCUCGCCCUCGACCUUGAAGAGUUCAUCGAUCCGGGGCUGGUGCACGUUCUCUGGGGAAUCUCCAAGGACUUUGGCGCCAACGGCUGGCGUCUGGGAUGCAUCAUCUCCCUUUCCAACCGGGCGUUCCACACGGCGCUGAAUUCCGUCGCCAUCUACUCGUACGUGUCGUCCAUUACAGACCACAUCGUGACGCAAAUGAUCGAGGACGACGGAUUUGUCAGUGCCUACCUCACUGAAAAUCGGCGCCGUCUAGCGUCCAUGUACGCCUUUGCCACCGAUUUCUUGCGGCGCCAUGCCAUCCCCUUCACGCCGGGCGUCCACGCUGCGUUUUUCCUAUGGGUUGAUCUAGGCCAGGCGUAUCGCAACCGGCAUCCGGACAGGGCGUCCAACCAAGACGUCAUCGAGGAACUGAAGCAGGCUUUGUGGGCGCAUAAAGUCUACUUGGCAUGGGGAGGCAACUUUGACAGCGAGUCGCCGGGUAUGUUUCGCAUUGUGUUUGCACAUCCUCGAGCAUAUCUGGAGGAAGCUUUGCGUCGGAUCAACCAGGCACUGGAGCGGGGAGUUCACGCCGCGACCUGGGCAAAUCCACUUUUGUAA